AUGACUCGCAGAACUCCCUCCCCCCCACCAAACGCUCCAGCAGCGAAAAGAGCCAAGAUAUUUCGCGCCUGUGCAACCUGCGUCACCUCCAAGACCCGAUGCGAGGAUGUGACGUCCGUGGGAUGCUCGCUCUGCCGGCGCCGAGGCCGUGUCUGUUCGCUCGCGGCUGUAGCAAGUGCGCUCGAGGCCAACAGCGGGUCCUUGUCCAACGGGAACGAACAGGACCGUACGACCCCAUCAAUGGCAAUGAACGGCAGCAAUGGCAAUGGCAGUGCCAGCUAUACGAUGGACCCUGGCUCCUCUAGCUCAAACAACGACCUUGCACCGCCGCCUUCACGCCACUCGCUCCACCCUUCCCCACACGACACAAGCGCACUCUCCCCGCUUCGCCCGACCUACCAGCACCGCACCUAUGCACCUACACCGUCUGGAUCUAAUGUGCCUGACUGGCACAGCAACGAGGUCGACGAGCUCCGUGUGCGGCUCGCCGAAGCCGAACGGAGGGUCGCAAGAACCGAGAGUGCACUGGCGGACAUACAGGUGCGCACCGAGCGGACGGAGCGUGAGCGUGAGCAAGAACAGGAUCGCGAAACGGACCGGGAGAGGAGGAUCGGUACGGCCAACUAUCGACGCGGGAACGGCGGGCACGCUGCACUGCAGUCUCCAGGUAGCGAUGCGUUUCUAGAGACUGCCGGACCCCUCCGCUUGGCCAUGACGAUGCUCUACACCAUCGACGAGACCAUCUUCUCAAUAGCCGGAACACGACUGUACCCCCACCCUGUGAUGAGGGGCAUUGUUCCUGCCUCACACGUCGAAUUAGCCUGGCAUGGAUUCAAGGCCCGUAUCAGCACUUUGCUGCCCCUCCCACCAUUUUUGGCCGUGUCCACGCCGGUACCUUCGCACGGCUUUGUUCUCCUCGCGGCCCUCCACCACGUUCCAUCGGCAUAUUCGUCGCAAUUUGCACCUUUGCUCGAUGAAUCAAUCCUUAUCGCCAUGGGUGGCGGUGUCAGCCUCGAUGUCAUUCUCGCUCUCCUCAUUCUGUCGUUUGCCCCCGCUCAGCCCGAAGACGACAACGGCGACGACGGCGACGAUAGGUCCAUCCCGAGAGUGGUGCCCACAGCUCUUCGCCUUAUCUCCCUCGCGUACAGCAUAGGCCAGAGCCUGGGUCUCGACAGCGUCGUCGAAGGGACGCUUCGGCUUGGCGACAGGCUCAACCUCGAAAUGUAUGGCGAAGCCCUUUGGCGCCUACAGCUCUGGGCCGCCGUCGUGAACCGCUACGUGUUACUGCACAUGACCUCUGGUCAAAAGGCCCAUUUCCCACCUUUGGUGUCCCGCCGCCUGCCCAUCUUACAUAGGGACAACAUUGAAACUUGCUCAAGGCACUUGAGGUGCGAAGCCGAGCUGAUCGAAAUGUUCUUCCCGUUCAACCACGUCAUGUCGCAGCUCGAACACAUCGAAGACUCGGAAAUGGACAAUGUACACGCUCUCCACAGGGUGUGGAACGAGAUUUUACAAAGGGCAGACAACUACACUCGCGACACAAGUAACCCACCGGGCCUCCGAAACGAUGCGCGGUGUAUGCUAUACUCGGCCGGAUUGAGACUGGCUUCUUUGACAUUUUGGAUCCCUUCACCACUCAGGACCAAGCGAGAGGGCGUGAUUCAGCUCCUCAAAGAGUUCCCUGCUAUCAUGAAUCGAAUGCUCGAUAUGGUCUGCGGCGACGGCGAGCUACCCACGAACGCGUCUUCCGGCGACUCCCUUCGAUUUGCCGACGCCAAUGGUCACACUGGCUCCUCCAACUCGUCGACCUACGCUGGCCUGGGUCCCCGACCACCGUCUUUCACCAGCCCGACCGUCCACCACAAUGAAGUCACGGACCCGCUCCCAAUCUUGCCAAUGUACACCGUCAUGUCGUUGUGCAACGCCAUCGUGACGCUCCACCGUUCGGUUCAGUUCGUAGCUGCCGCGUAUGGUCAAUCCGACAUGACCGAGGGCAGCCGCCUCGGCCUCGCCGACCAGCGCGUGCGCAGGAUGGGCAAGCCGUUUAAAUUCGUCCUGGAGGAAACGACAAGGUUGAUGAACCUUUCCCCGCUGUAUUCGUCGGGGUGGCUCCUCCCGCCAGAGGCUCGACACGCCCACCAACCUCCACUGAUGGCAGGAGAGGCAGAGCAGGUCGGAGGGGUAGUCGGAGGGCAUGGCAAUGCGGUUGUGCCCGCCCCACCGGCAACGCUAGAUUUCGACCUGUUGAAUUGGGACCUGAGUCUGCUGUAUCCUGACAUUGUGGGAUUUCAUGCGGUGGGAGGUAUGCAGUGA